AUGUCCAUGCUACCGCCAGACGUCCACGCAGAGCUGUCUCAGCUCCUGCAAGCUCUGCAGUCCCCCGAGAACGCCGUUCGAACACAGGCUGAGGAGCAUCUCCAGAACAACUGGACUGCCAACCGACCGGAGGUCCUGUUGAUGGGUUUGGCUGAGCAAAUUCAAAUCGGUACUGAUGCUUCGACACGUUCUUUUGCCGCUGUCAUUUUCCGAAGAAUUGCUUCCAAGAGCCGCAAGAAUGAGCGCGGCGAGCUUGUCGACAUGUUUCUGUCCUUGUCCAAGGACCAAGCUGCUGUCAUUCGUCAGAAGCUUCUUGAAAGUCUUGGAGGCGACUUUCAACGUGCCGUGCGGAACAAAAUCAGCGACGCCGUUGCCGAAGUUGCGAGGCAAUACACCGAAAACACUGAGCUCCCUGAGCUUGCGCCUAACACUCCGGUAGAUGAAUCCUGGCCUGAACUCCUUGGAGGUCUCUUCCAGCUUAGCAUAGCGCCUGACGCCGAGAAGCGCGAGACUGCUUUCCGUGUUUUCGCUACCACUCCCGGUGUUAUUGAAAAGCAACACGAGGAGAACGUUAUCCAAGCCUUCCAGAAGGGUUUCAAGGAUGAUUCCGUUCAGGUGCGCCUGGCCGCUAUGGAGGCAUUCGCCGCCUUCUUCAGAAGUCUGGGAAAGAAGGCACAGCCCAAAUUUUACCCUCUUAUCCCCGAAGUACUGAACAUCUUGCCCCCCAUCAGAGACAGCCACGAUUCCGAAGACCUUAGCUCUGCUCUCGUCGCCCUCAUCGACAUGGCCGAAACAGCGCCCAAGAUGUUCAAGCCCCUUUUCCACAACCUCGUGCAGUUUAGUGUGUCUGUCAUUCAAGAUAAGGAACUCGACAACCUCUGCCGCCAGAACGCACUUGAGUUGAUGGCUACAUUUGCCGACUACGCCCCGUCGUUAUGCCGCAAGGACGCUACCUAUACCAAUGAUAUGAUUACGCAGUGUCUCAGUCUCAUGACGGAUCUUGGAGAAGAUGACGAUGACGCUGCUGAAUGGCUAGCCUCCGAUGAUCUUGAUCAAGAAGAGAGCGACCAAAACCACGUUGCGGGAGAGCAAUGCAUGGACCGACUUGCCAACAAGCUUGGUGGGCAGACCAUCUUGGCCCCUACCUUCAACUGGCUUCCCCGCAUGAUGACCUCGAUGGCUUGGAGGGACAGGCAUGCGGCCCUCAUGGCUAUUUCGGCUAUCUCUGAGGGUUGCCGGGAGUUGAUGAUUGGCGAGCUCAGCCAGGUCCUCGACCUCGUUGUUCCUGCUCUUAAGGACCCCCACCCUCGUGUGCGCUGGGCUGGCUGCAACGCUCUGGGCCAAAUGAGCACGGAUUUCGCCCCUAAGAUGCAAACCGACUAUUAUGAUCGUGUCCUCAAGGCCAUCAUCCCGGUCCUCGACUCCCCCGAGGCCCGAGUCAAGUCGCAUGCUGCUGCCGCUCUGGUCAACUUCUGUGAAGAGGCUGAGAAAUCCAUCCUUGAGCCUUACCUUGACGAUUUACUAUCUCAUCUGUUCCAGCUGCUCCAAAACGAAAAGCGCUAUGUUCAGGAGCAAGCUCUGUCAACCAUUGCAACCAUUGCGGAUGCCGCCGAAGCGGCUUUCUCCAAGUACUAUGACACUCUCAUGCCCCUAUUGGUUAACGUCCUUCAGAGAGAGAAUGAAAAGGAGUUCCGUCUCCUCCGCGCCAAGGCGAUGGAAUGUGCUACCUUGAUUGCUCUGGCCGUCGGAAAGGAGAGACUUGGACAGGAUGCUAUGACAUUGGUCCAAUUGCUCGCGAAUAUUCAACAGAAUAUUACGGAUCCCGAUGACCCGCAAGCCCAAUACCUCAUGCACUGCUGGGGUCGUAUGUGCAGGGUCCUUGGCCAGGAAUUCUUACCUUUCCUACCCAAUGUCAUGCCCCCUCUUCUUGAGUUGGCCAGCGCCAAGGCCGACAUUCAGCUUCUUGACGAUGAUGAACAGGUCGAGCAGAUCCAGCAAGAGGAAGGAUGGGAGCUCGUCCCCCUUAAGGGCAAGAUGAUUGGUAUUCGCACCAGCACUAUGGAGGACAAGAACAUGGCAAUCGAGCUCCUCGUUGUAUACGCUCAGGUCCUCGAAGGUAGCUUUGCCCCUUAUGUCGCAGAGAUCAUGGAGAAGAUCGCCCUGCCAGGUCUGGCCUUUUUCUUCCACGACCCUGUCAGAUUCAUAUCGGCCAAGUUGGUGCCACAGCUCCUCAGCUCUUACAAGAAAACAUAUGGAAGCCCGUCUAAUGAGCUCAGCGGACUGUGGGCUGCCACCGUUGACAAGCUUCUUGAGGUCCUUACAGCGGAGCCUGCUAUUGACACCCUGGCUGAAAUGUACCAAUGCUUUUACGAGUCUGUCGAGGUAGUUGGCAAGGGCUGUCUCACCGGAGACCACCUCGCCCGCUUCAUCGACUCCGUUCACUCGGCCAUCGAGGACUACAAGGACCGCGUUGCUCAGCGUGCUGAAGACAGGGAAGGUACGACUGCUGAGGACGCGGAAGACGAAGCCGAGGAUGUCCUGCUAGCCAUCGAGGACGACCAGACCCUGUUGUCGGAUAUGAACAAGGCCCUCCACGCCAUCUUCAAGAACCACGGUGCUGCUUUCCUUCCUGCCUGGGAACGCUUGAUGAGCACCUACGAGGGUUUCCUCAAGUCAGACGACCCGACACAACGCCAGUGGGGUCUCUGCAUUAUGGAUGAUGUGUUGGAGUACUGCGGACCAGAGAGCCAGCGAUAUGCCAACUACAUCACCCAGCCCCUCAUUGACGGUUGCCAGGAUUCUUCACCGGCCAUCCGACAAGCUGCUGCGUAUGGAAUUGGUGUGGCUGCGCACCGUGGCGGGGCUCCCUGGGCUCAGUUCCUGGGCAAUGCCAUGCCAUACCUUUUCCAGGUAACGCAAGUUCCCGAGGCCCGAAGCGAAGAUAAUGUAUACGCCACAGAGAACGCAUGUGCUGCCAUUGCCAAGAUCCUUCACUACAACGCCACGUCGGUUCAGGAUCCCAACGGCAUCGUCGCACAAUGGGUUGAGACACUGCCGGUAACGAACGACGAAGAAGCGGCACCAUAUGCUUAUGCUUACUUGGCUGAACUGAUUGACCAGCAACACCCAGCAGUCUUGGGUCAAGCUGGCAAGGUUUUUGUUUUCACCGCUCAAGCUCUGGAGGCGGAUACGCUUCAAGGACAGACAGCAAGCCGCGUAGUGGCCGCCAUCAAGGCUCUCCUUUCCUCUGCGAACGUUGACCCUACGCCCUUGCUGCAGCAGUUCUCGCCUGAUGCUCAGCGAACAAUUAUGGCGUACUUCUCCUAG